AAUACCAUUACUAUGUAUUAAAAUGGAAUUACUUGUCUAAUCUCAUACUACACUCAAACCAAACAUGCACAAAUGUAAACAGCCUUUUCUCAGAAUGUCGCCACUUUUUCAACUUUGUCGUGGACGGGGGUAAAGACUAAGUAGUGAGCUAUUCUGCAGAUCAUCUCUCUCUCUCUCUCCGGUCGAAUAAUCGGUUCUAAAGCCUCAAUCUCCAUCUUUGAAACUUUCCCUGAACUCAAACUGACACCUAAAUUAAACCCUAUAACUAUACUUUCACGCCUCAUUUUCAAUCAAAACCAACACAACUAACCCUAGCUUUGCGAUUCGGAGAGGCUUGAGAGCUAAUAUUUGAUGAAUAACUCCGAUUUUGAGGAAGAAGCUUUACGAAGUUGGAGAUCCUACGUCUGGUUUGUGAAGAACCCUCGUCGGAGGUUCAGCAUGGCCGCCGAGGCCCAGCGAAAGCGUCGGCAAAUCCAGUAUUUGAGGAAUAACUUCGAUGUUGAGCCAAAGUGGCCAUCGGAAGAAGCUUUACAGAGUUGGAGAUCCGCCUCCUGGUUUGUGAAUAAGCCUCGUCGGCGGUUCAACAUGGCCGCCGAUCGCGCAAAGCUCAUGUAUUGGCCAGAGCAUUUAUCAACUUGCUGUUCUUGGGGUCCUCAUGUUUUGUGGGAAGUCCCUUUUGAAGGUUAA